AUGGGAAAUGCUUGGAGCUCACUAAAAGAGAAGCGAAAGGAUAAAAAGGAAUUAAAGAGGUAUUUUCGUCGCUUUUAUUUCAGUAUCGUCAACAGUUUGCUUGUGUUCCCGGAGUUAACGCUUUCUCCCAAUAAAGUCUCCACCCUCAUCAAAUAAGCGCCACACGGCGAACAAUCUGGGGACAAUUUAUCCAAAGCGCCAAAACGAUUUUUCGGACAAAUGUCCUCAUCUAUAGAGAAUAAACUUGUACUGAUCCAUAUUUUCUUCUAUCCACUAGGAGAGAGAAAAACUAUAGAAUUUUAACAGCAUCAGCUGAAAGAGAACGCAUAUCAAGAAGAAAGAAACAACUGGAAAAAGAAAUCGAACUCAUCGAGAGAAAAAUUUACCUGGAGGAAAUGAUGCACAUUGCCAGAAAAAGAAACAGUAGAACUCAAGUGCGAAGAGUAAUUGCCCGGUAUGAGAGUUUCUAAUUUAUAUGUGACUAAAACUUCGACAAUUAUGCGUGUUUGUUGAUUUAAUCACAAGUGUUCGUUUAAAACCAGUGUUGACCGGCCGGUCAAUUUCACACUUCUGUCAAUUUCACACUUCUGUCACUUCUGUCAGAAACAAACUGAAACAAAAACAACAGAAACUAAUUAUCAGAUAGCGGCCAUGCCAUGUGCAUUGGUUAUCUUGACUCGACUGAAUUAACUGACUUGGUCCCAGUCUUGCUCUCCAAGGAGGCGUAACAGAUGACGUUUCGAAAACGUUUGCAAUUCUGGGCAGUGGCCAUGGGUUUGGCCUCAUUCCACAAAAUGUUAAUACGCCUAAGCUAGCUUUGACAGAUUGUGCUCGCAAAAGAAGCAUAAUAAUUCUCUUUUGUAAUAAGCUAACAGCAGUGCUCGCAUAUUCUUCAAAAUUACGCCAAUCAUGAUAUUUAUGCUAGUUUUUGUAAAUUACGCUCAUUCAAAAAAUGGAGAAAUUAUGCUUCUAUGUUCAUAAUUCAUUGUCUGACAUCUCUACAAACUCAAAAACUUAGUCACAACUGAGUCACUUCCUCUUGGACCAAACCCCAUGAAUGACAUGAAUGAAACAAUAAGCAGACCAAAAACUAGUCUUCUACACAACCGCUUUCUAGUGUCGUCACGCAAAGCUCACGUGACGACACUAAAAACGGCUCAGUAUAGCAACUGACUAACCAAAAACUGAUUUUGUUGCUAAAAUUUGCCUGUAAAAAUGACUACUGAUCUGGGGCUUUUUUUUUGAAAAUAGGUGAAUAUUAUUAUGCUCGUGCUUGAAGAAUUAUCCCAAAACUUAUGCUAGCACCGAUCAAAGCCUGAAUACACCUCAGAUCAGAGUACGUUGUUCCAAGUGGUUUUUAGCUUUGCGCGGGUUUUCCUCAUGAUCAGCUUUUGAUCCUUCUCCAAAAUUUUCCCUGUGGGUUACAAUCUAAGGUUUGCCGCGUGAAGUUCUGUUGGUCCUUCCUCUACGCAUGUCCGAUCCAGUUCAAUUUCCUUCCUCUGAUUGUGACUUCAGUCCGCUCUUGACUUGUCUUUUCCCACAGCAUGAUCCUCAUUAUAAAUGGCUCUUUGUCAAAACACCCCCGAGUCUCUAUCUCUUGAUAAUCGUCUUUUAAUCGUCUAUUAUAGGCCAUCCCAAAGCAGUAAUUCGUCAACAAAGCAAACACAUUUAGGAGAGGUUUAUUCCAGAGUCCCUUCAGCCAAGAGUCCAGUUCUCGGGGGAUUUCACAGUAAGAAUGGUCCACAAGCACAGUGCACAACCUGCUCAUAUUGGCUUUAUCUUAAAGAUGCUACCAAAGGCCCCGUAGACCUAUAA